UGAUAACUCACCUGUUGAAUUAACUAAUCAUGAAAUAGAACAUGAUGAAGUUAAUUUAAAUAUAGACGAAUAUGAUUCAUCAAGUACUAGUGACGAUGAUAUGGAAAUUACAAAUAACAAGGCAAUUGAAUUAAAAGCAGUUCUAGAAAAG